GACCUUCCCCGCACUCUAACAGAAAACUUAUUGUGUCUUUGAAGUCACAUCGGCAAUUAAGUACACUCACAUACCUCAUACGCCUCACACAGCUUGAGCUUUGGCAGUGCGUAAUUCGUGGCCAGCCAGCCUUGCACUCUUUCUUGACUUCCCACGAUGGCGAAGAUGUUGCAACAAUCUCCUCUAGCAGCAAUUAAGAAGUGUCUGGAUUCAGGUGAAUAUUCGGAUCUCACCAUCACAUGUGGAAACGACGUAUACAAGGUGCACAAGAUGAUACUCUGCACCCAGUCUGACUUCCUCGCAGGUGCUAUAAGAUUCCCAGGCAAAGAAUCUGAGCAGGCAAACAUCAAUCUCCCUAACGACGAGCCCGCAGUCGUGAAGUUGGGGGUGAAAUAUCUUUACACCGGCGAUUACACAUAUGACCCUCAAGAGCUGCCUAAACCUUCGAGUCUUGUUCUCGCUUUAUGGGAAAAGCCGUCCCACAAUGAAGAGGGUGAACCCUACACAUACGACUUUCCACACUCGUGUUGUGAUAGGGGACGGAAGACACAAUGUCCUCCGCUCUGUCCUCAUCACCAGUGCGGAGCUGGUGUCUGUGAUAACAAAUGCUUCGAAUUUGUAUGCGGUUCCUGUGAGGACGGCGAUUACAGUCCUUACAGUACUACCAGAUCUUUAGCCGAAGAUCUCCUGGUUCACACAAAGAUGUAUGAGAUGGCUGAUAAGUACGGGUGUGAGAAAUAUUGGAAUUCCAAUGCAUUCCCAGUUGCUGCAGAGUAUGCGUUCUCAACAACAAUGGAAGAAGACGAAGGACUGAGAGAUAUCGUCAUUGCCGCCAUCGCUAAGCAUAGAAAACUCAUACAUAAGCCACAAAUUCAAGUGCUUAUGAAAGAGUUUAGCAGCCUGGCUCUUGGGGUCUUGUUGAAGAAGGAAAAAGAGUAUCGCUGCUCUCUGAUAUCAGGCCUCUACUCCGACCUCAAAAUAACCUGCGGCCCAGACUCCUACAACGUCCACAAACUCAUCGUCUGCCCCCGGGCUGAAUUCUUCACCAGAGCCCUCAAAUUCGGUGGUCAAGAAACCUCUACAAGCGAAAUCAACCUCCCAGAAGAUGACCCGGUAAUAAUAAAACUCCUCCUUCAGUACCUAUACGAAGGCGACUACCAGCUCCCCGCCUCCCCUUCCUCUGCAAAACCCGCCAUCACUCCUCCUCCUCCCAUCAAUCCAAACCUCCCAACCCACACCCCCUCGGGCCUCCCUUACACCUACGACUUCCCACACACCUGCCGCGCGCCCUUGACCCCCCACUUCCUCUGCCCACACCACACCUGCAUCUACGCCACGUCCUCGUCCCAACCAGGCGCAUGCAGCUACACCUGCCGCUCCUUCACCUGCCCCUUGUGCACCGCAGCCCCACCAUCACCAUCACCAUCAUUACCACCACCACCACCACCGACCUACGCCGGCGCACCCGCAGACCUCCUUCUCCACGCCCAGCUCUACGCCGUAGCCGAAAAGUACCAAGUCAGCGGUCUGAAACCCCUCGUGACGCGCAAGUUCUCGACCGCCUGCGCCGUCUUCUGGCGCGAAGCGCACGAGUUCGUGGCCGCUGCACGAGUCGUGUUUGAAAGCACGCCGGACAGCGAUUGCGGCCUGCGCGGCGUGGUUGUUCAGACGCUGUUUGACCAUUUGCCCGACUUGAUUGCCCGCCCGGAGGUCGAGGCGUUGCUCGUCGACAAGGCAGAGGUCGCCCUGCGCUUGUUGGAGAUGACGGUUGCCAAGCGGCCCGAGGCGUGUGCCUGUGUGCGUACGCCCCCGAGCUCGUUGGGGUCCACGACGCCAGCGACCGAGGCGGAUGGCUUGUCAGAAGCUAUGAUAUCGCCCAUGUAG